AUGCAUUUCGUCAACGACGUAUCAAAGUUCAUCUACAGCAGUCUCAGGAACGAAUCGAGCAGGCUUAGGAGCUAUGCGGUGAAUUGCGCUCAAAAGUAUCCGACAAAAGUUCGGGUCGUCGAAGUAGGACCGAGAGACGGUCUACAGAACGAAUCGAAAAACAUACCAACGGAUGUUAAAGUGGAGUUCAUAAACAGACUGUCUGCGACAGGUCUUAAAAACGUUGAAGCUACUAGUUUCGUUUCGCCAAAAUGGGUGCCGCAAAUGGCUGACCACUCAGACGUGUACAGCAAGAUCGACAAAGUGGACGGUGUGUCGUAUCCGGUGCUGGUGCCGAACAUGCGAGGUCUACUCACAGCUAUGCAACACGACGUAAAAGAAAUCGCAGUUUUCGGGUCCGCUUCCGAAGGGUUUAGCCAAAAGAACAUUGGCUGCAGCAUCGCCGAGAGCCUGGAAAGGUUUGAAGAUGUAGUGUCCACAGCUCUGGACCACGGCAUCAAAGUCCGUGGGUACAUUUCCUGUGUGUGCGGUUGUCCGUACGACGGUGCUGUGUCACCCCAAGAUGUCGCUAAGAUGUCCGACGCGUUUUUCAAAAUGGGCUGUUAUGAGAUUUCUCUUGGAGACACAAUUGGUAUCGGCACACCGGGCACAAUAAGGGCAAUGUUACAAGAAGUCUUGGAAAUGGUGCCUGCUGAAAAUUUGGCUCUUCAUUGUCACGACACUUAUGGGCAGGCCUUGUCUAACAUACUUACUGCUCUGGAGAUGGGUAUUUCUGUAUUUGACUCGUCGGUAGCCGGUCUUGGCGGCUGUCCGUACGCCAGAGGUGCUUCCGGUAACGUGGCCACCGAAGAUCUGGUGUACAUGCUACAAGGAAUGGGCAUCGAAACUGGCGUGGACAUGGAACUGUUAUUGGGUGCUGGCAGGUAUAUUUGCGAGGAGCUGGGGAAAAGUACGGAAUCUAAAGUUGCCAAAGCGUUGUCCGGAAAAGAAAAACCCAUGAAAUUCUUGCAAUCGUACAGGAAUCCAACAUCACUCAAGAACUAA